GGACCGGCCGAAGAGCGGGGUGGUGGUUCGAGCGCGCCUGGAGCGGAAGAGGAGCUCGUGCAGAUUUCAAUGAAGCAAUUCAAGAAAACGCACCUGACGGCCGAUGACUGCGAAGCUCUUGCACGGAGCGCAGGAGGCUCAUCCGCCCUGACGCAGCCGUUGAGUCAAAGACAAAGUAGAGGAGAUGUAAACUGGGGCCUCCAUCCCACCCACCGGCCACGGAGACGUCAAAGAGGCCAAGGUCAGCAGAGGAGCAUCACUGAUUACUUCAGGAUCUCUCAGACACAACGAGUAGGUGCUAGUGAGACAAAGAAUAGUAGAAUCAAAGAAGAGCUACUGGAUCCCAUCUUCAGUGAACCUCAUGGUUCCUUCGGCAGUGUCUCCACCCUGAUGAAGAUGAACAGUGAUUCCUGCUCUUUUCUGGAGGAUGAGGACUUCAUACCAGCUCCCAGGAAAAGCUCCAGAAAAUGGUCUUUGUCCACUGCAGCUGCAGGCGUUCACAAGCCAGAGCAUGAUUUAUGGGGUGUGCCUGAGAAGAAGCCAAUGGUGGUUCAUCCAGAACACAGCCAGAUCAAGCUGGAACGGAGCCAAAUCAAGCAGGAACUUGAUGAUAUGGAAAUUGAACCAGUCCCUGAUGCACACUACGGACUCCUGGGGACUCGGAACUGGGAAGUACCUCAGGGAAGUAUUGAUGAGCUGCCUGUUGAAGUCCUUAGGAACAUCUUUGCUUUCCUACCAGUGACUGAUCUGUAUCAGAACCUGAGCCUGGUGUGUCACUGCUGGAGGGAGAUAGUCAAUGAUCCCCUGUUCAUUCCUUGGAAAAAGCUGUACCAUCGGUACCUAAUGAAGGAGGACACAGCCCUGCAUAGAGUUGAACAGAUCUUGCAGGAUUUUGCCAUAACAAAGGACCAGGAAGGAUGUGUGUUGGGGAUGAUCAGAUACGUGUCUGCCAUGCCCACCGGGCGGAAGGUGGAUCCCAGUGCGGUUCUCCGGUGUUUGAAGAGUCAUCACCUCUUCUCAAAGGCUGAAGUCUGCGUUGUCAACAACCUGCCUCAUUUACAGAGCAGGACGGGGCCCGAGAACAUGUGGGCCAUAAUUGCAGUCAUGGUGCUUUUCUCCGACGGCGUCAGUGACAUCCAGAAGCUGAUGGCGUGUCUGCAGAGACCCUGCUCUACCCUCUCUGUUGUGGACGUGGCCGAGACGCUUUACUGCAUAGCGACGCUGCUCUACGCGAUGAGAGACAGGAACAUUGCGAUCACUAACAGGAUCCAUUACAAUAUUUUCUACUGCUUGUAUCUGAUGGAAAAUGCUUCUGUAACUAUGCAGACAGUAGAAGAGGAAGAAGAAACGCUGGCAUCAUGCUGCAGACAGGACUUAUUGUCUGGCUGGCCUGAAGUAAAGCUGACCCAUGAACAGCAAAGGAUUUUGAAUCACAAAAUCGAGAGCGGUCAAAUAGUGAAAAUUAUGGCAUUUGCAGGUACAGGAAAGACCACAACCUUGGUCAAGUAUGCAGAGAAGUUUGCUGAUCUGAGUUUCCUUUACGUGACAUUUAACAAAGCUGUUGCAGAGAGGGGGAAAAGUGUCUUCCCCAGAAACGUAACGUGCAAGACUUUCCAUUCGUUAGCAUUUGGAAGUGUUGGCAAACACUAUAAAGAAAAAGGCAAGCUGAACUUCUCCAAAAUGUCAGUUUACUCCAUCAGUUCCCUCAUCCGGAACCACAAGGGACAAGCUCUAUUCAUAAGAGGGAAAACGGUCUCUCAGACGCUUGAAAACUUUUUUGCCUCUUCGGAUAAAGAGAUCUGUGAAGAACACACUCCUGUUUGGUUCAAAAAUACUCAUGGUGUGAGAAAACUUGUCAGUCAAGAAGAAAAGAAAAUCAAUGUGGAAGAGGCGAAAGAGAUAUGGCACAACAUGAAGAAGCUGGAUGGAGAUGCAGAGAAGAAAUACAAGAUAACUUGUGAUGGGUAUUUGAAACUUUGGCAGCUCAGCAAGCCUCAGCUUUCAGGAUAUGAUGCCAUUUUUGUUGAUGAAGCACAGGACUGCACUCCAGCCAUCGUGGAUAUUGUGCAGUCACAGACAUGUGGCAUAAUCCUGGUAGGAGACCCUCACCAGCAGAUCUAUACCUUCCGAGGUGCUGUCAAUACCCUCAACACAGUGCCUCACACCCAUAUCUACUACCUCACCCAGAGCUUCAGAUUUGGUCCUGAAAUAGCUUACGUUGGAGCAACCAUUCUGGAUGUCUGCAAGAAGAUCAGGAAUAAGACGUUAGUGGGUGGGAACCAAAAGGGCGACGUGAGAGGCACCAUGGAAGGGAAGAUAACAAUCUUAUCACGAAGCAAUUUUAACGUGUUCGAGGAUGCUGUGAACCUUACUGGAAGAGAGAAAGCAAUUAAAAUACAUGUGAUUGGGGGGCUUGCCCGUUUUGGCCUGAGCAGGAUUUAUGAUAUUUGGAAACUCAGUCAACCUGCAGACGAAAAGAAAAAAGCAAACCUUGUUAUAAAUGACUCCUUUAUCAAAAAAUGGGAAGACACUUGGGGUUACCUCGGUUUAAGGGAAUAUGCAGAGCGCAUCGAUGACAAAGAGCUGGAAGUGAAGAUUGCGAUAGUGGAGAAACACAAAGAGCGGAUCCCUGAGCUGGUGCAGAAGAUCGAGAGCAGCCACGUGUCACAAGCAGCUCUGGCAGAUUACGUAAUAGGCACUGUCCAUCAAGCCAAAGGUCUGGAGUUUGACACAGUGCUGAUUGCAGAUGACUUUGUGAAAGUACCAGGUCUCAGCAGCGAUUACCAGAGAAGAAUUAACUUCAAUACCGGCUUGUAUCCUGAGGAUGAAUGGAAUCUGCUCUACGUAGCAGUGACACGCGCAAAGAAGUGUUUGCUGAUGUCAAAGUCCCUGGAAUACCUUCUAGCGUUGGCUGGGGAGCAUUUUCUUCGGGUGGAGCUGAUGAGCGAGGCUGCAAAGGACGGAGCAGCUGUGGUUUGUUCUGUGCCACAGUGUACAGCAACUCUGCAAUCCAGCUCCCGGCUGGUUGUGAAGAAGCUCCCUUUGACUCACAGCAACGGCACCAGGGAUGCAGGCGGCUACCUUUGCCGCGCUUGCGCGCAGCAGCGCUUCGGCUCUCUCACACCGCUCGCCUUUUCCCCGGCGCUUCAGGAACAGCCCAUCCAGCCCUAACGAAGCCUCCCCAGAGCCCCGGCUGCACCCCGGAACCGUCCCGGGGGACGGGACGAGGCCUGUUGUCACAUCCCAGCUCCAAAAUCGGGUGGAGGUUGGAGCAGGAUUUCCAAGCAACUCCAAGAGGAACUGGCCAGGCUCUCUGCAGGGAGGUGCGAGAUCUUUUCUCCGGCUUUGCCUUGCCCUCCAAGAGCUGGUCGGUGUGGCCUGCGCCGCAUCGCCGCACAGAACAAUAUGCACUAUAGAAACCGUAUCGGACGGGACGGUUGGUUCUUUUUUUUUUUUUUUUUAAGCAUUACCCCUCCAUUACCACUGUCACCAGGAAAACACUUCCAGUGACCAAACUACCGGGAUAUUCCUGCCUAUUCUGUUACAUCAUGUAUUGGUGAAAUCCCUCUGAUCCACCAGAAGUGGAAAGGCAACACUGGAGAGUACCCAAAGAAACACUCUAUUGCCAGAAAAUGGACUUUUUACUAUCAGCUCUGGGAGAAGUCAUUAAUCUCUCCCAGCUGAAUUAGUUUUCCUUACUUGUAGCCAUGGGGUUUCCCCAGAUUCUGUUUCCCUUUUCCCUCCAGCAAAUCAUCAGGGAAGAGAGACAGCGUCUGAAGAACUGCUUUGGUUUGGUUUCAGUCUAGCUCAGAGACAAACUGGAGAGCAUU